AUGCUCCGCCGCGCCGCCCCCUCCGCCGCCACGGCGCUCCUUCGCCGCGCCCUCUCCAACUCACCACGGCCACGCUCCUCCGCCGCGGCCACCGCAGUCGCGUCCUCCUCGGCCGUGAACUCCAUCCUCCUCCGCUCCCUCAAGGAGCACUACCUCGAGGUCUCCAAAAUGACGCCCCCGCCCAAGAUCAGCCCGCCCAAGCCCUACACCAUCGUCAAGGGCGCCCUGGACCAGACUUCGGGCCCCGUGCUCCGCCGCAGCUACGGCGAGGCCGGUGAGGAGAUCUCCAUCUCCGUCGCCAGGCUCUCCAACAUCAUGCCCCCCGGCGCCGACUCUGACUCCGACGGCUCCGACGGCGCAGGUGGGGUGAGCGGGUCAAUCAGCCAGCUCUUCCUCCACGUCGACAUCUCCAGGCCGGAGAGCAGCAAGUCGCUGCAGUUCCUCUGUGGAUUGUACCCCGACGCCGUCGGGAUCCAUUCCGUCUGCCUUCGGUCGAAGACGGCCGCGUCUGGUGCGGUGGCGGUGGCCGCGGCGGCGAAGGGCGGUGGCGAGUACCAGGGCCGCAUCUUCCAAGAGUUGGAUGAGAAGGUGCGUGAUGCAUUCCAUUUUUACAUUGAGGCCCGUGGCAUAAAUGAGAAGCUCUUCCCGUUUCUACAAGCGUGGCUCUAUGUGAAGGACCACCGCAACCUGAUACGCUGGUUUAAGAGUGUGGGUGCAGUCAUCAAUGAGCCAAAGCCCGAGUAA